AGCCAAGUUUAGAAUUCAUUAGUGAUCUUGCUUAUAAUUAUAAUAAGGGAGUCGAAAAAAAGUGAUAGAAAAUGGGAGGUAGAGUGAACAUAACGGGCAUAAAAACAGCCUCAGAUGGAAUCCUACAAGGUGACAACGCUCUACAUACAGCCUUUCCAUUACUUAUUAUUCAAACCACCUUAAUAUUAGUUGUCACCCGUCUUCUUGCCUUUGCCUUCAAACCUCUUCGUCAACCCAAAGUUAUUGCUGAGAUCGUCGGAGGAAUAUUACUGGGACCAUCAGUAUUAGGAAGGAACAAUGAAUACAUGCAAGCAAUCUUCCCACGUUGGAGUACACCAAUUCUUGAAUCAGUAGCCAGCAUUGGCCUUCUUUUCUUCUUGUUUUUAGUUGGUCUUGAGCUUGACCUAGCCUCAAUACGCCGUAGUGGUAAGGAGGCUUUUUUUAUUGCAUUAGCUGGUAUAAGUCUCCCCUUUGUAGGUGGUGCUGCAGUUGCCGUCGUUCUCCGUCAGUCCAUCGAAGGCGCCGACGAGGCAGGGUAUGGCCCCUUCCUCGUCUUCAUGGGGGUGUCACUCUCCAUCACUGCUUUCCCGGUGUUGGCCCGUAUCUUAGCGGAACUCAAACUCCUGACCACAAAAGUUGGUGAGACGGCCAUGGCUGCUGCAGCAUUUAACGAUGUCGCUGCAUGGAUUCUCCUUGCCCUUGCUGUAGCACUUGCAGGUAACGCGAAUGAAGGGACACACCACAAGAGCAGCCCAUUGGUAUCGUUGUGGGUCUUAUUAGCUGGAGUCGGGUUUGUGAUAAUCAUGUUUGUGGCUGUGAAGCCUGUGAUGGUCUGGAUGGCUAAACGUUGCUCCGAUGUGGUGGAUGAGGUCUAUAUCACCUUAACCCUAGGCAGUGUACUUGUGGCUGGCUUUAUGACUGAUUUUAUAGGGAUUCAUUCUAUAUUUGGUGCUUUUAUAUUUGGUUUAAUAAUUCCAAAAGAAGGGAAUUUUUCUGAGAAAUUGUUAGAAAGAAUAGAAGAUUUUGUAUCAGGGUUAUUGCUGCCUCUAUAUUUUGCAUCCAGUGGGCUUAAGACCGACGUCACAAAGAUACACGGGGCAAAGGCAUGGGGUCUACUGGUUUUGGUGAUUGCGACGGCCUGCUUCGGAAAGAUAUUUGGUACGUUUACGGUGGCCAAGUUCUGUCGGAUGAAAUCUAGGGAAGCAUUGGCGCUAGGCGUCUUGAUGAAUACCAAGGGUUUGGUGGAGCUCAUUGUGCUUAACAUUGGCAAAGAAAAAAAGGUGCUUAAUGACGCAAUGUUCGCAAUUUUAGUACUAAUGGCACUCUUCACCACCUUCAUAACCACACCGAUUGUGAUGGCAAUCUACAAGCCAGUAAGCGAUGGUAAACAGUCCCAAAAGCGAAAGCUUCAACCAGAUCUAUCCGUGAAGGAUUCUGGUUCAACACCAAGUUCUUCCAUACAAUUUAGAAUAUUAGCUUGUGCACAUGGCCCCAUUAACGUACCUGGCCUUAUCAACCUCAUUGAGUCAACUCGAAGCACGGCUACAAAGCUGUAUGUGAUGCACCUUGUUGAGCUCACUGAGCGUUCCUCCUCUAUCAUCAUGGUCCAACGUCUACGUCGUAAUGGCUUCCCGUUCAUUGACCCAACUCCACACAGUAGUCGGGUUGAAAUCCACGACGUGGUUGCCUCAGCGUUCGAGACAUAUGGUCAAUUAGGGCAGGUUAUGGUCCGUCCCAUGACAUCCAUUUCCUCACUUUCGACAAUGCACCAGGAUGUCAAACACGUUGCAGAGCGGAAGAGGGUGAUGAUGAUCAUACUGCCUUUUCAUAAGUUGUGGAGGAAGGAGGAAGGGGGUGAAAUGAAAGUGGUAGAGAAUUUGGGGCAUGGAUGGAGGGGAGUGAACCAAAGGGUGCUUAAGAAUGCUCCUUGUUCGGUUGCAGUGUUUUUGGAUCGUGGGUUUCGGUUGGGAUCUGCUAAAGAUGAAAGGCAGAUAGGUAGUAGACAGCGGGUGUGUGUUGUGUUCUUUGGUGGUCCUGAUGAUCGAGAAGCUUUAGAACUUGGGGCGCGAAUGGCUGAACAUCCUGUUGUUAAAGUUACGAUUAUUAGGUUCAUCGAAAAUCAAGAAAUCGAUGCAACUAACAAUGUUAAGUUGAUGCCAUCGCCUGAAAAGUGUAGUGACAGCAAUUAUACGUUCUCCGUCGCUGCCAUCAAUCGCAAUGAAGAGAAGGCAGUAGACGAUACCAUGGUGCAAGAAUUCCUAAGCAAAUGGGAUGGAACAGUAGAGUACAUGGAAAGGAAGGGGAAGAACAUAGAGGAAGCAGUGGUAAUGCUAGGAAGAAGUGCCGAUUACGAGCUGAUAGUGGUAGGAAAAGGUCGUUUCCCAUCAACAAUGGUGGCAGAGCUAGCAGAUCGACAAGCGGAGCAUGCAGAGCUAGGGCCUAUAGGGGACAUCUUAUCAUCGAGCAACAACGCAAUAGUAUCGUCAGUGCUAGUCGUUCAACAGCAUGAUACGGCAUAUGUUGAGGAAGUUCCUGUUUAUAAGGUGGUGGGCUGCGAGACUGAAAAUGAUGGUAGCUCCCAAGUUUAACCAUCUGUAAUGGGUGUAUAACUACCUUGUACAGUCUACAAUGUCUAAAAAUAUGUUUAUGUAAUUAUCCUUAAAAGAUAUUUGGUUACAGCCAUGAAGAUGUUAGGCAACUUCUCAUCCUCUGUCCCUUUUAAUGUAAAAGCUUCUAUAGUCAAAUCUCUCAAUCGAACAAAUGACAACUAUUUAGCGGUUGGUCUUAAAAAAUACCCAUUCUAAUAAAUUGAAUAAUUGAUAUUAUUG